AUGCGCAGAGAAAAAAUAAAUAUGGGAAAUCCUUCGUCCUAUCUGUCUCUGUUACCAGGAUAUUAUAAGUGCCCCAUUCAACGCUCCCUCGAACAGGCCUUUUCUGAAUUCGCCCCAACAAGGCUCCAGGCAAUUCAGGAGCUAUUAGCGUGCUCUCGACCGCAACGGAAACAUAACCUCAAAAUUUCACAAAACAUUCCGAAACCGAGAACGCAAUGA